AUGGAGGCUGAUCUGUCUGGCUUUAACAUUGAUGCUCCCCGUUGGGACCAGUGCACUUUCCUGGGGCGGGUGAAGCACUUCUUCAAUAUCACAGACCCUCGCACUGUCCUGGUACCAGAGCGGGAGCUGGACUGGGCCAAGGUGAUGGUGGAGAAGAGCAGGAUGGGUGUUGUGCCCCCAGGCACCCAAGUGGAGCAGCUGCUGUAUGCCAAGAAGCUGUACGACUCAGCCUUCCAUCCUGACACCGGGGACAAGAUGAAUGUCAUCGGGCGGAUGUCCUUCCAGGUCCCUGGUGGCAUGAUCAUCACGGGCUUCAUGCUCCAGUUCUACAGGACGAUGCCGGCUGUGAUCUUCUGGCAGUGGGUGAACCAGUCCUUCAAUGCCUUAGUCAACUAUACCAACAGGAAUGCAGCUUCCCCUACAUCGGUCAGGCAGAUGGCCCUCUCCUACAUCACAGCCACAACCACCGCGGUGGCCACUGCUGUGGGCAUGAACAUGUUGACAAAGAGAGCUCCACCCCUGGUGGGCCGCUGGGUGCCCUUUGCCGCUGUGGCUGCUGCUAACUGUGUCAACAUCCCAAUGAUGCGACAGCAGGAACUCAUCCAGGGCAUCUGCGUGAAGGACGGAAAUCACAAUGAGAUUGGUCAUUCCCGGAGAGCUGCGGCCAUAGGCAUCACCCAAGUGGUCAUUUCUCGGAUCACCAUGGCAGCCCCUGGCAUGAUCUUGCUGCCAGUCAUCAUGGAAAGGCUGGAGAAGCUGCGUUUCAUGAAGAAAGUCAAGGUCCUGCAUGCCCCGUUGCAAGUUCUGCUGUCGGGGUGCUUCCUCAUCUUCAUGGUGCCAGUGGCCUGUGGGCUCUUCCCACAGAAAUGUGAAUUGCCAGUUUCUUAUCUGGAACCAGAGCUCCAAGAUGCCAUCAGAGCCAAGUAUGGAGAACUUGUGCCUUAUGUCUACUUCAAUAAGGGCCUCUAA